GGCGGGGGCGCGCGGGACGCCCCGGACCCACCCGGGACCAUGUGCUCCCUGGGCCUCUUCCCGCCGCCGCCGCCCCGGGGCCAGGUCACGCUGUACGAGCACAACAACGAGCUGGUGUCGGGCAGCAGCUACGAGAGCCCGCCCCCCGACUUCCGGGGCCAGUGGAUCAAUUUGCCCGUCCUAAACCUGACCAAGGAUCCCCUGAAGACCCCCGGGAGGCUGGACCAUGGCACAAGAACCGCUUUCAUCCAUCACCGGGAACAAGUGUGGAAAAGAUGCAUCAACAUUUGGUGUGAGCUGGGCGUCUUUGGGGUCCUGAAUGAACUCGCAAACUCGGAGGCGGAGGUGUUUGAGUGGGUGAAGACGGCGUCGUGCUGGGCCCUGGCGCUCUGGCGCUGGGCCUCCUCCCUCCAUGGGUCCCUGUUCCCCCACCUCUCUCUCAGGAGCGAGGACCUCAUCGCCGAGUUUGCCCAGGUCACAAACUGGACCAGCUGCUCCCUGCGGGCCUUCGCCUGGCACCCGCAUACCAACAAGUUCGCGGUGGCCCUGCUGGACGACUCGGUCCGCGUGUAUAACGCCAACAGCACGAUCGUCCCUUUCCUGAAGCACCGGCUGCAGCGCCACGUGGCUGCCCUGGCCUGGAAGCCCCUCAGCGCCUCGGUGCUGGCCGUGGCCUGCCAGAGCUGCGUUCUCAUCUGGACCCUCGACCCGACCUCGCUGUCUACCCGGCCCUCUUCUGGCUGUGCCCAGGUGCUCUCUCACCUGGGGCACGCACCCGUCACCAGCCUAGCCUGGGCCCCCAGUGGGGGGCGGCUGCUGUCCGCUUCGCCUGUGGACGCUGCUAUCCUGGUCUGGGAUGUAUCGACAGAGACCUGUGUCCCCCUUCCCUGGUUUCGGGGAGGUGGGGUCACCAACCUGCUCUGGUCCCCAGAUGGCAGCAAAGUCCUGGCCACCACGCCUUCCGCAGUCUUCCGCGUCUGGGAGGCCCAGAUGUGGACGUGUGAGCGGUGGCCCACUCUCUCGGGACGCUGUCAGACUGGCUGCUGGAGCCCAGAUGGAAAUCGGCUGCUGUUCACGGUCUUGGGGGAGCCCCUGAUCUACUCCUUGUCGUUCCCAGAACACGGGGAGGGGAAGGGGCACGUUGGAGGUGCCAAGUCGGCGACGAUCGUGGCCGAUCUGUCCGAGACGACCAUCCAGACGCCGUCUGGAGAGGAGAGGCUCGGGGGACAGGCUCACUCCAUGGUCUGGGACCCGAGCGGGGAGCGUCUGGCUGUGCUCAUGAAAGGGAACCCGCGGGUGCAGGAGGGGGCCCCAGUCAUCCUCCUCUUCCGCACUCGGAACAGCCCCGUGUUCGAGCUGCUGCCUUGCGGCGUUGUCCAGGGGGAGCCGGGAGCCCAGGCGCAGCUCAUCAGCUUCCACCCCUCCUUCGGCAAAGGGGCCCUGCUCAGCGUGUGCUGGUCGACAGGCCGGAUCACCCACAUCCCGCUCUACUUCGUCAACGCUCAGUUCCCACGUUUCAACCCAGUGCUUGGCCGGGCCCAAGAGCCCCCCGCGGGGGGUGGUGGCCCCGUCCACGAUCUCCGCCUCUUCACGGAGUCGUCCCCAUCUUCUGCCCCCGGGGACCCUCUCCCAGGUCCUCAGGGCCACUCCUUUCAGCCCCACUUCUAAUAAAC